AUGGGGAUCCCCCUGAUCAAGCUCAAAGCGGGCCAAACUGGGGCCUUUAUCUUCGAGAUAUUGGGCCCCAAUAGCCAGAAGCGCGCGAACAGGUUGGCACAAAAAAUGUGCAGCCUGUUCGCGGAUAGACCCGAGAUACGGAUCAACCGACCCCAGAAAAUGGGGGAGAUCCGUAUCCGGGAUCUGGUGCCGUCGGCCACGGCUGAGAGCGUUGCCCAGGCCGUGGCGGAGAAGGGAAGAUGCUCCCCCACUGAGGUUAAAGUAGGGGACAUUAAACCCUCCCCUACUCCCAGAGACCUUCCUACGGCCUGGGCGAAGUGUCCCCUCAGGGCGGCCAAUAAGGUCGCCCAGGAGGGGCACAUUGCAAUCAACGGGCUCUUCAGAGCUCGCGUAGAGUUUCUGGAAGUACGCCCUCUCCAGUGUUUUAAAUGCCUGGAGAAGGGUCACAUCAGGGCGAAAUGCUCCAAUACGACCGUGGACCGCAGCGAUCUUUGUUAUCGUUGCGGGGAAGCGGGGCACGAGGCCCGUGUGUGCACGGCGCAGGCAAAAUGCGCCGUGUGUCUAGACGCGGGUCGUCCGGCCUCCCACCGUAUGGGGAGGCUGGCGUGCAAGCCCUCCAAAGGGGGCACGAAAAAAAGGGUGGGAUAG